UGUUCGUCAGUCAGUCAGUGUCCGUAUAUAGUAACGAUGGGGCCAAAGAUGCAACAAAUUGAAGUUCAAUUGUCAGUUGAAGAUAGUUUUGUAACAGCUGCCUUGCCUUAUAAUAAGGCAGAGUAUCAAAAAGUAGAAGAGAGUACUAAUAGGGUGUCUGAAAACUCUGAGGAUAGGAGUGAGGAACCAUCUGUUUCUGUUAGUGGGGAAUUAGAAGAGGACUUGGAUCCGGUUAGGAUAUCAACGAGAGCAAGAUACUCCUAUGAGCUGGACAGAUAUAACAAGCAUGCUAUGUUGAUAUUUGAAGGCAAUUCAUCUGAUGCUGGCUCUCAGUUUGAUGAUGAAGAUCCCAGUGAUGACGUCAGUGCCAAAUUCAAGGAAACAUUUGAGAAAUUCCAUUUCGAAGUCACUAUUUAUAAGGAUCUGAACGAUGAUGAAAUUGCAAGCACUUGUGAAAGAUUUUUCCAGCGCGACUUCACAGACUACGGCUGUGUGGCAGUAAUGAUGUUGCCAAAGACAAGAGAAGGUGUAGUGGAGACCUGUCACACACCUAAAUCUGAGUUCGGAGUGAUGCGAUACAUGGCCGACCUGAUGCCCCCCACGCUGCAGGACAAGCCGAAGAUUUAUAUUGUGCAAACUGAAGGCUACUACGUGAUUCCUCGAGCACGGGUUUGGUCGACCCUGCCGCAAGACAACCUCGAGUUUCGACUGUGUGUACCCAUAGUAUCGACUCCAGAUAUUUGCGGUAGAAGGUCCAAGGUCACCUGUCUUCUGGAGUACAUCCACGAGAAGAUCAGCACCCUCGGAGACCAAGUCGACUUGCAGACGCUUUUAUCUGACUCCGUAAACGAGUUCAUCAGGACAACACAGCUCUUCGACUUUCCAUUACCAGGGUUUUACUCCUCCCUGACCAAAGAACUUCGAUUCGUUAGAAAACCUGAAUCGUGAUGAUCUCUUAUGUGUUUAAUUUUUGUACUAAUUGAUCUCUUGGGAAGGCUGUUGCUUAUAUGAUGUUUAUUAUAAUCGAGAGCAGAAAUGCAGGCUGCAUUUCAAUUUCAGCCUGCAAUCCAGAAACUAUGUUUUGGAAACCUGGUUGUGUCAGAUGCUAAGGCUGCAGCUACAGGAUGUACUGGUCUAGACUGGAGUCUAGUUUCUGCACUUUAUAACUAAAAUAUAACAAUUUGUGGUUCAUCUCUCACUUGUAUUGUACCUAGAUCUCUACUUAUAUAUUCAAGCUGCCUUAAAAGUGUAACUAUCUGCUUUUUAUACAAAAACGUUACAAUAUUAUUUUUAGGUUAAUAAACAAAAGGUUUUGUUAUGGCAUUCAAUAAAAAUAUGUUCAUGUAUCUAC